CUAACGAAAAGCAACGGAAAGUAACAUGUUUUAGGAAGAUGUUGAUCAUGGACGACGAUGCUUAUUUAACUUUUAGCACAGGCAGCACAGUUUCUCUGGUAACCUGUCACAAGAAUGAACUCUCGGGAGAAGUUCUCGCCUUUGACAAAGCCACAAAAGUAUUAGCAAUAAAAAUUCCAGCGUCGAGUGGGAAACACAACCUGUAUGAUGUCCGGCUGGUGAACCUGCAGUACGUCAGUGACAUCAAAGUGAUCAGUGAACCGGAAGGCCAAGCACCUCCGCUGACCAGUCUCAACAUGACACGCAUCAAGAGCCGGGUUCGCCAGAGUCUGGAUGAGAAGAGGAAACAGAUCAACUACGUGGGGGUUGGCGUCCCCGAGGAGGGACAGAGGUUAUUCUGGGCCAUCGUCAAAACGAUCAAUGACGUGCGGUGGGACGGUCAGAAGAUUAUAGUGAUGGACGAGGUCACCAUUCAACCACCAUACAAAGUGGAGAACUGUAUUAGCCAAUCAAACGAGAGCGGAAGAGCUCUCGACCAUGUCAAAAAGAUAGUUGACAAGUUUUUACAAGAUGAAGCCAAGCGUGGAGUUGACCGAGGAUCAAUCUCGCCCUCCCCCGCCCCCUCCAGUCCCUCCCCAGCAUCCUCAUCAUGAACUCAACACUUUUAAUCUCAACACAAUCCACUGAGGUUACAUCUGCAUUUAGUUUGUUGUGGUCUUUGUGACACACCACAAUCUAUUUAGGGCCGACUUUGUUCGGUUUUUAUUUACAACGAAGUCUUUUGAUGUUAACAUCUGUUUGACUGCUGGUUAAAUUGUUAUAUAUACAACAUAUUAGUCACUGACUUGUCGGCUAAUAUUCUAUAUUACAAUUUUAUGGGAGGGUAUGUUUUUAACUAGAAAAUAAUAUGGGGAUCAUGACACUAAAAAUAGAUGUUUUAAAAUCACUUUGCCUGUACCACGUUACAUACCUUAUAAUAAUGGCUUGUUGAUGCAGGUAUUUCCUUAUAAAUUGUUCACGUAUAUAAUAUAGAUCUUUAAAUUAAUAUAUUUCAACUAUUCUGUGUAGAAAAAUUAAACAUCGGCCCAAAAUAUAACAGACUGUUGUCAAAUAAACAAAUGCACACAAAUGUGUUGAUCGGUAGGUAUUUAAACACUUAAAAAGUGGCUUCAAUUCUUCUAUAUGAUAUGAAGUUAAAAUGUUUCGACUACUUAUGUAUUAUGUAGUUCUAGGGCCAAUUCACUAAACUCUCGCAACUUUGCGAUCUCGUUGUGCAAUGCUAAAAGACUUGCAAAGAGGAUACUUUGUUGUUAGCAGAGCCCAAGAGACCGUUGUGAAUUAGGCCCCUGUAGUGCAAAGGGCAUUACCUGGUCAUUACCAUUGUCAAACAUUUAAAAAGGUUUUCACAUGUUCAUCAAUAUUAGCUUUUUUUUAUCUUGACUGGAAGUUGAUGUGUUCAAGAGUGCUUAGUAAAGCAGGGAAUACUUGUCAAAGUGUUGAAGAAUCUCAAAGUGCAACAAAGACUUGCAGUAUUGUUGAUCAGAUUUCUAGAUUUUUUUUUUUUUUAAACCCAGUUUUAUUUCGGCUUCCGUUCUUUAGGAAGAUUGUGACAUUUUAUCAUUGACUUGUAUGUCUGAUGUUGAAUACCAGACAUACAGUUGAACAGGAUUUAACAUCCAGUUUCAUAAUAUUAUAACACAAUUAUUGAAUACUGCUGGACUAUUAAAUUAUUUAUAUUAUUUUUUAAAUUGAAUUUGUAACUUUUGAGAAAAUCUAUUCAUACAGUUUUUCAUGUUUUUUUUUUUUAGAAGGAGAUGUUAACCAUCGAUCAAUAACUGAAUUUAAUUAUUCAAAUGAAAACAUCAGUUUUCCACAACGUUUUGCAAACCCAUUAAUUUAUUAACUAAAUAUGGUUGUGCCACAUCACCACAAGUAGCCAUCACCUUUGAGGAAAUUCUGAGGUUACAAGGACUUUCCUUUUUACUUUCCUCCCGUAAGUUAUUUAAUGUACAUCACUGAAGCAAUCAUGUCCUGAACUGAUUAUUAUCAUUUUAUCAUGCAGUCAUGACUGUUCAUGUGGUGACCAAACAUACUUAUUAAUAUUACUAAAGAAUAAAAAAAAAUACAAACAA